GUACCAGGCAUGGGUUAUCGCAUCGUCUUGAACCGUCGAGUUGCUCGACAGAGUGAAUGGAAUUAAUAACGGUGUGUGUAAAUAAUUAAUAUGAAGGUUUGCUUUUGCUCUACUGCAAUUUUUAAAAAACCUGAGAACUUAACAUUGCACACUGGAAUUCACCAGACCCACGUUUACUUUGCUUGAGUACUACAAAGAUACUAACAGGGCUUGGUAACUGGACUUGUUCGGUACUUCUAGGAAGAAAAUAAUGUACGAAAGUUGGCCGAGAAAUUAAUAACUAUUCUGAAAUAUUUUGGGUCAAAGUGAGUGCUGAAUUUCGGUUGAUCCCAACUGCAGAAGAAGUGUUAAUGAACAAAUGUGGGAUAUCUAUAUCCUUGAGAAGUGACUAAAUAAGGAGUGAUUUGGCUUAGGAAAAUAUGAUAAGUUUAACCCAUGUACAACGAAUCAGACUGUUGUAUAAAACUAUAAUGAAACUUCAUCGAGGAUUACCAAUGGAGAUUCAACCCCUUGGUAAUAAUUAUGUGCGUGAUGAAUUUAGAAGACACAAGACUUGCAAUCCUGCGGAAGCACAAAUCUUUAUGACUGAGUGGGCCAAUUAUGCAAUGACCUUAGCGGAUCAACUUGGAUUACGGGGUGUACAUACUGCUAAACCAAUAGGACAAGAUUUGAAUAUUAAAGAUGUUGAAGAAUUGAGGGACGAACAAAUUUAUCAAUUGUACGAAUUGAUGGUUGCAGCAACUGGAAAGCCUGAAGAGAAAUUAGAAAAAACUUGAUAUCGAUAUUGAUAGUUGAUGCAUCUAAUGGAAUUUCUAUAGAAAAUUUUCAUAUGACAAUAACAACAUUUUUAUUCUUAUUAGUUGUUUUUCAAGUAUUUUUGUUAAUGUUUUUGAUUAUUCAAUCGUUUCAUAUCUUAAGGAUUUAGUAAUGAUUACCAUAUUUAUUAAAUUAUAAGUUUUUAUUUAAUAAUGAAUAUUGAAAAUGUUAUUUGUUGAUUAAUAAAGAUUAUGAUUUGA